AGUGGCGGGGAGUGCUGUUAGUUCACCUGGAGGGACAUCACCAGAAGAUAGGUGUCUCGAGUACUUUGAUGAAUUUGUAGUGAAGACCUUCACAAACUUAUUGGAAGGUGGCGAACUGUAUACUGACUCAUACGAAAGAUAUUUUCUUAGUGAUCAACUGAAAUUCAGGGACGCGUGUGACUUUGUUGUAGUUAAAGUUAACAAAACAGCCGGUCUAGCUACGGUUGAUUUCAACACGAAGGCAAACAAUGACAAUGAGAACCUGGAUAUAAAUUCAUCGAUCCUCUCUGAAGUAUUGGGUAAAAGGAAACAACGGAAAAGAACCAAGCGUCUCUCAGGAAUCUGCCCCAAAAUGUGAACACUUUUCAUGAGGAUCGGCACAUACAGUUGAAAACAUUCAAAGACAACACUGAAGAGAUUAAGCGAAAACAAACCAAUGUUGAGAAACUGACUGACCAUAUCUGGCACAAUCUUAAACUGAAAGAUAACAUAACGUCUAUGUCAAAGCUGGUUCAAGGUGGGUCAUACUACCUGGGCGUUAACGAAAAGAACGUUGUCACACAGAGAGGUUAUCAAACAAAAGUUGCAGAAGUUGUUGGUUUCAAACUACAUGUGAGUCAGGCAUCCUUGAUAGAGAGUAUCUACAAGAAGGUGGAGACUGAUCUGUGUGUUCUCACAAGGAAGGGACAGUUCACAGAUGCUCCUAGAGACCUGAUAAACAUAGCAUUCCACCAUAUUCCACAAUCUGAGCAAUUCGUUUUGGAAGUAGCCAUUCGAUAUUGCGAUGGAGUUGUUUUCUAUGAUAGGCAAGGGCCAAGAUCAUACAUACUCGAUGAAAACGACCCAAUUGUUCGGAGAAUGAGCAAAAUUGAGUGGCUUCAGAAAUUCUUUGACACUCGUACAUUGAAUGCAACAUCUGUUUAAGUUCAGUAACAGGCAACCAGCCAGUUCCUUUCACUGAUUAACUCUUCUGAGAAAGACAUCCGAUAGGCAACUGGAACAGCCUCAUUUGCUUCAUGUUUCAAUCUACGAAUGAAAGUUCAUGUUGAUGACAAAUUCUGUGACAAACUUCGUGUCAAGACGUCAACGUUUCAAUAGUGAACCGUGCUGUGGCGAUUGGGACAGGGUGCUCUCAGCCUAUCGCUGGUUGUAUCUUCAAAAUAUUGAUUGACACAUAGCCGGAAUCAUGCGAUGUUAUGCUGCUGGAAUACAUAUUGUGACAUAUUCGUGGUAUAAUAUGGUAACGUCUAUCCUGUUGAAACACAUUACAGUGGAUAUAUCAAACCAUACUUAUAGCCGCUCCCCAAGCAGUACCGCCAACUCACUUCGGCAGCAACGUCUGCUAUACUCAAAGCAGCACAACCAGCUGUAUUCAAGAAGCAUCACCAGCUAUACUCCAUACAUCAUGAGCAGCAUCAUGUGCAACGAUACUGACUCCACAGAUAGCAGCAACAUGUCCGAUAGUAGUACUGACACCUCAGUCGGGUCCAGUCCAUACCAGUCUGACGAGGAUGUCAUGACGUAUUUUAUUGUUGGAGAAGCUGGGGAUACAGAUAACGCUGCUUGUCGUACACCCAUACAGCAGGUUGGAAAUGAAGUGGAACAACUGACCUCAGGGGGCUUCACAGACCAUGGCUGAACAAGAGCAUGGUAUCAUCGCGAGUCUUCAGGAAGAAAAUAUUCGACUGAGGAAGAGAAUAGAGGAGCUGGAGGCCUUCGAUCAGAUAUCUCUUGCUACUGAGGACAGCGGGUUUGAUAGUGAGGGAAGCAGUCUGGCAUCCUCAAACAGGAGUUCAGUUAUUCGGAGAAGUCAGAAGCCUGAAGUUCACCGUGGUGUCAAGAUAAAAGAAGGUUUUAAGAGAUUCUUCACGUUUGGACGACAAAAACAGAGAGAAGAAGUUGCCCGUCCUAUUGCACUACUGCGUGUAAGGGAAACAGUAGGGAUGAGCAGAAUCCUGAGGCUGCACGGAGUUUGCCUACACCAG